GAUAUGCUCGUUCUCCAGCGUCAUACGCAAUCAUCACAUGCAAGUAUCAUAUCCAACGAUCCUCCGCACGUCCGAGCCUGCCUUCCCGUUUGAGCAACACUUCACACCAACGCCCCAGAGCAUGUGCUACUCCAUAUUCUUACCAUCACUGCGAUAUGCCCACGCCCAAGCGGCGCUCGCGACCCUGCGAGGCAUGCAGGGACCGCCACCUCAAAUGUGAUGUCGACGAAACCGAAGGACCAUGUGACAGUUGCAAGAGCGCGGACAUGACUUGCAAGAAAGCACAGAAGCGACUUAAGUUUCGAGACGCAAAGAAGAGCAAGACUGUAGGAAGCUUUUCUGAGCUACAGCCGUGGGUGAGGACUGAGGCACGUUUGGAAUUUCGAGACGUGACGUUGAAGGUCGCUGAAGCUUCCGAUAGACACGGUGUACGUGCAGAGACUGUUCAUCAGCAACCACAGGAAGCUCAAGUUCCCUCUGAAAUCUCUGCACAUGCCAGUGUGGAUCUAUCACCAACGACCAUCGCAGCUACCCCUUCACCUACCGUUGAACCACCACUCGUUCAAUUCAAUACACUCCCCAUCAGCAUCCAAGAAGCGUGUCUGAUCCGCCACUUCACGGCAGAGCUGGCUCAUUCAUUCGAUGCCACUGACCAUGAUGCUCACUAUGCACUCACCAUCCCGCAUCGUGCACUGAUAAGCCCGGUGGUGUUGUACGCCAUCUGUACUGUUUCAUCUCGCCUGCUCACCAGUAGGUGGUACAACAAGACGCCGAAGCCAACCAUUGUGCAUUACGACAAUGUGCCGCUACCGGAUCUGAACGAACAUUCAGCAAUCCACUAUCACAAUGCAUGUCUGCGCCUGCUUAUGGACUUUGCUGACAUACCGGCCGACGAAGCGAAUGCUGAAGCAAGAGCCGAUGCACUCGCAGCAACUACCAUCUUGAGGACUUACGAGCAACUUGACACCUCGCUGACCGGUCUUGAUGCAGAAGUCAUCCAAGGCGUAGUGCAGACGGUCAUGUCGAAGCACCACGCCGUAUCGAUCUUCUCGCUCGACAAUAUGGACAAGAACAAUCGUGACGCACGUGGUGUGCUAAUUCCUGCAGAAGGACUCCGCACUUCCGCGUGCCUAGUUGCUUUGCGCCAGGAGAUUUGGUCAGUAGUCAUGUACCGCAGGCCGUUCAGGCUGCCGCUUGAAGAGAACAUGGACUACGCCUCCCUCAGUCCGACAGACGACUUCACAUGGGCAAACAGGGUGAUUCUGUGGUGUGCAGAUGUGCUACGGUUUUGCUUUGGAUCAAGUGCAGAGGCUGCAGACACACACCAGAACAGCAUUUGCGCGGACGACAGAUGGCAAGCUCUGAAGGUCUUCGACGAGCGCUGGAUAUCCGACACGCCAUCAGCCUUCCAGCCACUGUUCCAGCACCCUGCAAACUCAGAUAAAGAACACUGUUUCCCGGUCAUAUGGCAGAUAAACAACGCCCACGUCACCGCAAUCCAACACCUGCACCUCGGCCGCAUGCUGCUUGCCCUCCAUAAGCCCCAACAACCACGCAUCGGCGUUAGAGCGAGCGCACACGACGCCGCUAUUGAACGCGAACUUCGGAAGUCAGUUAGGGUGCUCUGUGGCCUCGCACUCGGCGACACGCGGUUUCAGUCAGGCAUGACCACGGCCGCGGUAGGGAUCAGCAUCGGCGGAGCGUUCUUCGAGGACUCGCAGGAGCGCCGUGCAAUCGUAUCAUUUCUAGAGGCGCUAGAAAAUGAGCAUUCGUGGCCGACGAGGGCGAUGGUUGGUGCGCUGCGGGAGGCCUGGGGCGGUGCUAUGGGACAUGAGAACUCUUUUGACGCUCAAGGAAUAUAUGUUCCCACAUAGGCAUGCGUAUUCCAAGGCCAGAUCAAGACGUAUGCAACAAGAUCUCCGACAAGUGCACUUCCCAGGCUAGUUUAACAACUUACACACGUCACGCUCCGCCUGACU